AUGGCUUUUGUAUAUCAAGCAGAAAGAGAUAUUAACAAUGCAUCUGGAGCUUUGCCAUCUAAUGUAGGUCCUGGAAGUUACAUAGAAAAUAAAAAAUAUGAAGUUCGAGCUCAUGCUGCUCCAUUUAAUACACAAGUUGCAAGAAGCAAACCAUUAAAAAAAAGCAAUUCACCUGGUCCUGGCAGUUAUAAUGUUGAAUUUGUCACUGAAGGGUAUUAAUAAUUUUUAAUUGUGAGUUAACGAGUUGUUUUAUAAUCAGCACAAUCUGAAGUCAAAAUUGUAGAAUAAUAAAAACAACAAUCAGUUUUUAUGUCAUAAACAAAAAGAUUUUAGGAACCUAAAAUGUUAGAAACUCCAGGGUAUCAUUUUAAAUAUAUUUGAGUCCUGGUGCUUAUGAUUCUACAUAACAAAAGAAAAUGGUUUAAUAACAAUAUACAUCCUAAAAUUAUAUUGAUCAUCUAAUGAAACUAAAUAAAUAUUAAUCAAUACCAUCUAUUCUAACACCAAAUCAGUUAUUAAGGGGAAUAAAAGUAAUAUUAAUAAAAAAAAAAAUUCAAUAAUUAAUAAUUAACUUUUUCGAUAUUUAUUAAUAUUUAUUGAAAAUCUGUAUCCAUUUUCUAGAAUAAUUUUUAUUUUUAAUUUUAAUUUUUUCUCAUAAUUUUGUUUUAUUCAAUUGUUCAAAACUCAAGUGUGAGUCCAAUUAGUUUUAUAUGCUACAUCUAUAUUUAAUGAAUAAAACUUAAUUUAUUUAUUGAUUAUUUAAUUUUUUUAAUUUUAUGUAAGUUGUCUAAGAAUGUAUAUUUUUACUUAUGAUAUCAUAGUUCUCAAAAAGUGUGAUAUUUUUGGUUAAGGAGUUAAUUUUAAUUAUAAAAAAGAAGAUACUUAUAAGACAGGAUUUGGAGGGUUUGCAAGUAUAGUAAUAAUUGUAGUUUUGGUUGUCUUUUUUCAAUCAAAUGUUAUUACUUUCUUUGCAAAAACUCAUAUAUCUGUUGCUUUAACCACAAAUUUUGAUGAAGAUCCAGACUUAAUUGAACUUAAUGAUGAAAAUUUUAUGAUUGCUUUUCAAAUUGAACAAGCAAAUUUUACAACCAAUCCUUAUUUUAACAUUUCAGUGCUCCAAUAGUAAUAAUGCUAAUUAAAAUAGGAAUGCUACUAGAUUAGAUAAUGGAACAGUAGUUAAAAUAAAUUAAGAGGUUAAUCUUAUACCUUGUACACUCGAUAGAUUCCAAAAAAUAUUUACAAAAUACAAUGUUGAUUUCAAGACCCAAUUCGACUAAGUUGGACUUAAAAAUUUCUUAUGUCCAGAUUAUAAUUAUUCUUUAAAGCUAGGAGGAAGGUAUGCCAGUCAUGAAUUUGACUAUAUAAAAAUAACAGUGUCGGAUUGUAGUAAUAAGACAAUUGAAAAUUCUCGAUUAACAUGGAAGCCUGUUUGCUAAUCUAAAGAAGCUAUAUCAAAUUAUCUAUUGAAAAAUUCAGCAUUUAAAGUCUCGCUUUACAUGACAAAUUUAGUUAUGAACCCAACAAAUCCAUAAGAUUUUACUUCUGCAUUUCUGGAUGACGAAUUAUAUUUUACUUUUGUAUAUAUUUUAGAAUAUCUUUUAGACACCAAAAUAACUUUCGAGAUAAGCAAAUAUAUUUUGGAGAAAAUAUAAUUUUUAAACAGAUGAUAGUUUGACACCUUUUUAAGUUAUGGUAAAUGAAACACAUUACGUACGAUCAGCAACAGAUUAUAGAGAUUUAACACUUUUAGGAACUGCUGUUGAUAGCACAUAUGCAUAGUUUUAUAUGAGAAGGAGUACUUACACUGAAAACGUUUAUAGAAAUUAUUAAAAAGUAGACGAUUUAAUGUCUUAUUUGGGAGGAUUUUUAUAAAUUAUGAUAGUAUUCUUUGGAUUCUUUAUUCAAGUUUAUAAUAAAUAAUCUUGUAAUUUAUAUCAUAAAAUAAUUUAGAACUAGUUGAUUUAUCAAAUGAACUAUUUGAUUUUGAUAUUGAAGAUAAUUAAGCAUAAAAACUAAAUAGAAAUGAAUUGGUAGCUAAUGCUGAUGAUUUCGAUUUCUAAGCUUAAGACUCGAAUCAAUAAUAGUCAAUGAUAAGUUUAGGACCUGCUUAGCAAAGUGUGAGAUUUGAUAAAGAUUAAGUAAAUAUGAAUAAAUCUUAAAAAUCCAUAAAGAAUCCUUCAAAAGGAGUAUCAUUAAAAUAAUUAAAUUCAGUUCAAGAAAUUACCCCUUUAUCCUAAUUAUCUAUUAAUAAUUAAAAAUUAAUAGAAAAACAUUAAACUUCACUUGAAAAAAUGGGUAGCAAAAAUGGAAGAUAAUAUUUUCUUGAAUAAAUUUAAAAAUUAUUUUCGAAAACAAAAAAAUUAGAUUUUACCUUUAAAUUUUUCAUUUAAAAAGUAUUUUGUGAAAGAAUGAUGAAAAAUCCUUAAGUUUUAUUAUUAAACAAAGCAGUGUAAAUAAUUUAUUUAUUUAGAAAUUAAAUCAAUGCAGAAUUGGACGUAUUUGGAAUUUUGGAUAAAUUGCAUGAGAUAGAUAAAUUAAAAGAAUUGCUAUUAAAAAAACCUUAAUAAAUUAUAUUUAAUUUUACUCCUAAACCGUUGAUUACUUUAUAAGAAUCGAAAUCUUUACCUUCGAGAUAGCGAGCAUAAACAAUCAAAUCCUCAAAACAUUCUAGGUAAUUAAUCAAAUAAGUUGUAGAUCUUUCAAUAAGGUGGAAUCUUCUAUGAAGAUCUAAUUAGACUAAGUAAGUAAACAUGUAAUUGAAAACAAAGAUGACUUUAUCGAUCAAGAUACUCCAUAAUAUUUAUAUUCCAAGCUAUUUAAAGUAUGUAAUUUUAAACAAAUAGGCAUAUUAAAAACUGAUGACUUUAAUUGAAAACUAGCAUGAAGAUGCUUAUUUAAACAAUCAAUUAAUUAGAAAAUUAGGCCCUUAAAUCUAAAAUAUUUUUGAAGUUUCCUGGCUUUUGAUGUAAUAAACAAAAGCAUCUAAAGAAAUUGAUGUAAAUGAUAGAGCUAAAAAGCUAAUAUCGUCUAAAUUUAGCAGAUUCAAAAACCAAAUCUAACAAGAGCAAGAAUCAAAUGGAGAAGUUGAUCCACAAGAUAUUGAAAUAUAGUUUAGUCCAAAAACAUCCUAAAAUUAAACCAUUUUGAGACGAGUUAUUGGAAAAAGAAAUUCGAACGAAUUUUGA